CACAGCCACCAGAUAGUCGCCGCGAACGAUUCGCCUUGCUUUUAUUAUAUUGCCCUUUUUCGUUUGGCUGCAAGAAACAAUACUGCAAAUAAGAGCGAAGAUUAGAGCCAUAAAUCAAGAUGCCGUUCACGUCACCGGAGUGGGUACCGACGGUGCAAGAUGCCGAUAUCCCAUCUUCAAUCAGCCUGGACCGUUUCAUGCUUUCAGAGCAGCAUGGGCGUCACCCCCUAGGCCUCUCACGACCACCAUUCACAUGCGCUCUGUCCGGGAAGUCCUACAGCGCGACACAGCUUGCCGAGCGCGUCGACCAUCUCGCUCGGGCGCUCUGCGAUGAGCUCGGCUUCGAUCCGCACAAAGGGUCUGAAUGGGAGAAGGUGGUCGCUAUUUACAGUCUCAACACAAUCGAUUACACGACUGUAGCAUGGGCUGUGCAUCGGAUUGGAGGUAUCUUGACUUGUGUGAGCGCGGCGUACAAUAGCGAUGAAGUUGCAUUUCAGCUCCGCGACAGUGGCGCCAAGGCGGUUUUCACCUGCGCACCUUUACUGGAAACGUGCAAGAAAGGCAUCGCGGCGAGCUCAUCUCCGGGCAGCAAAGUGUUUAUCCUGCCGCUACCGGAAGAGGUGACGCCUCCGUCGGUGAAGACCGAUGGCCUCAAGACGAUUGAAAAUCUCAUCCAGCAUGGCUCUACCUUGCCUCCGAUCCGGCCCUCAGAUGAAUCGUGGAAAGCAGGCGAAGGCGCGGAAAAGAUCGCUUUCCUCUGCUAUAGCUCUGGUACCAGUGGUCUACCGAAGGGCGUGAAAAUUUCACACAAGAACUGCAUUUCGAAUAUCCUCCAGAUGACAGCUUACGAGAGUCUCGACCGCAACAAACAGAUCCAGGCAACGGGAGAUAAAAAUUACACGGAGAGCUGUCUAGGCCUUUUGCCGUUCUCUCAUAUCUAUGGGCUGAUCGUGCUGAUCCACGUCGGGCCCUACCGCGGCGAUGGGGUCAUCGUUAUGCCGAAAUACGACUUCACAGGAAUGCUCCAAGCCAUAGAAAGAUACAAGAUCAACAUCCUAUACCUCGUCCCGCCCAUGAUCAUCCACAUGACCAACCAAAAAGCCGCCAGCAAAAAGUUCGACCUGUCGAGCGUGAGGGCGGCCUUCUCAGGAGCCGCUCCGCUCGGCAGCAGCACCGCCGCCGAGCUCAAGGAGAUGUUCCCCGACUGGGCCCUCCGACAAGGAUACGGCUCGACCGAGUCCUGCACGGUCGUCACCUCGACCGCGACGCACGACAUCUGGCUCGGAAGCGUCGGGUCCAUCCUCCCGGGCAUGACCGUCCGGCUGAUGGACGCCGACGGCCAGGAGGUCACGGGCUACGACCAGCCGGGCGAGCUCUGGGUGAAAUCCCCCAGCGUCGUACCCGGCUACCAUCUCCGGGAGGGCGCGGACAAGGAGACUUUCGUCGACGGGCCCGACGGUCGCUACCUCCGCACGGGCGACGAGGCCGUCGUCCGCAGGAGCCCGCUCGGCCACGAACACGUCUUCAUCACGGACCGCAUCAAGGAACUGAUCAAGGUGAAAGGCUACCAGGUCGCGCCCGCCGAGCUGGAGGCGAUCCUCCUCACGCACGAGGCGGUGAGCGACUGCGUCGUGAUUGGAGUGUAUUCGGAGCGGGAGGGCGAGGUGCCCAAGGCGUUCGUCGUCCGGGCGCCCGGCUCGAUCGAGGAGUCGGAUGUCGUGGUGAAGCGGAGCAUCAUGCGGCAUGUGCAGAAGCAGGUCAGCAGGUACAAAUGGCUGGCGGGCGGGAUCGAGUUCAUCGAUGCCGUGCCCAAGUCCCCGAGCGGCAAGAUCCUCCGCCGCCUGAUCCGGGACCAGGAGAAGGCCAAGGCGAGGGAACGGGGAGCGAAGCUCUGAAAGUCGGGUGUCGAUAGCUGAAUAGAAACGUCGCUUCAUCUGACUCUCCCCUUUUCUGGAACCGAUGACCCUAAACGCAAGGCGGCAGAAUAUCAAUCAUCGGUAAGCGGCAGUAUCUUGAGUCAUCGGAGUCACCCGUCCGAUUUCUCGGAUACCUUUUGAUACAACGUGUGAUAUGUUGGGGUGAUAAUGUAACUCUGGCCAAGCAAAAUGUACCAUGCCAGCUACAUGCCAGCUGCAUGCCAGCUGUGAGGAUAUGACUUUCUCCCCGGAAAACGUACAGACACGACAGUAUUGCAAAAUCAGUAAGUCAUGUGUGA